AGUACACUCAUAAAGCUCCAGCAGCGGGGCGGAGAGACCCGGACCUGGACCUGGACCCGAUGGGAGAUGGAGGUCCGGGUCUCGCAGCCUCGGCUGGUCCUGGUCUUCAGCGGGAAGCGGAAGUCCGGGAAGGAUUACGUCACAGACUGGAUUCAUGAGCGUCUGGGAGGCGACGUCUGCUGCAUCCUGCGUCUGUCCGGACCCCUCAAACAGCAGUACGCCCAGGAACACGGUCUGGACCUGGACCAGCUACUAGGACCAGGUCCCUAUAAGGAGCAGUACCGGGCCGACAUGAUCCGCUGGGGGGAGAGUCGACGGAACCAAGACCCUGGCUUCUUCUGUCGCCUAGCAACCAGAGAAGCCCACCAACCUGUGUGGAUGGUGAGCGAUGCCCGGCGGCUGUCAGACCUGCAGUGGUUCAGGUCGGAGUUUCCUCAACAGACUCGGACUGUCAGAGUUCAAAGUUCAGAACAAACCAGGAUGCAGAGGGGGUGGAGCUUCACCACAGGUGUGGAUGAUGCCGAGUCAGAAUGCGGCCUGGACAGCCACGCUGAAUUUGAUUGGAUCAUCACUAACGAAGCCGACGCCCCCUCGCUGGAGGACCAGCUGCGGCCAGUCCUGAAGCUGGCCGAAGAAGCGUCUUCCUCUUCAGGGGUCAGUCACAGCUGACCCCCAUCACUUGAAUCCAUGCCGAGCGCGUGCAGACCGACUUCUCAAAACAAACUCACCGUGGAAACAUGGUCCGAUUCCAGGGGCUUCCGCCGAGAAUUAAAGUUUCUGAAAUGUGAGUGUGAGUUUCUACUGAUAGAAUAAAAGUUUUAAUGCAAACUUCACG